AUGAAUUUAAAAGUAAAUGAUAAUAUCAGUGAAAUGAAAAUAUCUACAUUGACGGAAUCAAUGUAUUUAAAACCUAUGAGAGCUGAAUUCCAAAUUAACGGAAAACAAAAAUAUUGGGAUUUUUUACAUAUUCACGACAGUGUUUCAAUUUUAAUUUACAAUACGAAUCGUAAAGUUUUGGUAUUUGUUCGUCAAUUUAGACCCGCUUUGUAUUUAUCUCAAGUUCCUGAUAAAAAAAGUGGAACGAUAAUUGAUACUCAAAAAUAUAAUUUACUUAAUGGUUAUUCAUUAGAAUUGUGUUCCGGUCUUGUCGACAAAACUGGAAAAAUUGUUGAUAUAGCUAAAGAUGAAAUAUUAGAAGAGUGUGGAUAUGAUGUUCCUGUUAAUAGUUUAAAAAAAUUAUUUAGUUUUAGAGGAGUCGGAAUCACUGGUCAAUUACAGACAUUAUACUAUGUAGAAGUUAAUGAUGAUCAAAAAGUAUCAUCAGGGGGAGGUCUGAGAGAAGAGGGUGAAUUUAUUGAAGUAGUUGAAUUGACAAUUCCAGAAGUUAAAAAUUAUAUUAACUCAAAGGACAUGAUGAGUCCUCCUGCAUUUUUAGCUGCUGUUCAAUGGUUUUUUCAAAAUAUUAAGCACGAAUGA